AUGGAAACUGAUGUUCUUGAGCUGUUAAGACCUCAUCAAAAUAUAGAGAAGGUUACGAUCAAGGGCUACAGUGGUACAAAACUCCCUACGUGGACGGCGAAUCCUUCAUUCCACAAGCUGGUUUCUUUGAGUUUAAUCAAUUGCAAAGGCUGUCGAUUCCUACCAUCACUUGGUCAGCUUCCUUCACUCAAAAAUCUCAUGGUUAAAGGACUAAGUGAGAUAAAAAGCAUCGGUGAUGAGUUUUUCGGCUAUACUUCAACCAUGUUGACCCCUUUUGCAUCUUUACAGACUCUAUCCUUUACGGAUAUGUUGGAAUGGGAAGAUUGGUUACUUGGUUAUGAUGGAGAUAGAAAAGCAUUCUGUAAUCUCUUGGAGCUUCACUUGGAGGAGUGUCCUAAACUGCAGGGAGAAUUACCUGACGUCCUUCCUUGCCUAGUAAAGCUUGUGAUUUGUGAGUGUAAGCAGUUGGAUUCUUAUCUUCCGCGACUUCCACAGCUAAAUGAGUUGGAACUAAGGAGUUGUCAUGUUAGGUUGAUUAGCAGCCCGCGUGAGGUGACAAAACUCACUUCAUUACAGCUGUCUAAUCUUUCAAAUGAAUAUCUACCUGAAUGUUUCCUAGUAUCUCUUCGGCAUCUGGUAAUUAGGCAUUGUGACUUACUAGUGUCCCUUUUCGAGGAAGGGCAGAAUCUGCCUCGCAGAUUGGAGUAUGUAGAACUGGAGAAUUGUCAUAAUCUGCAGAAGUUACCGUCGUUACUUCAUACUUUAAUGUCCCUUGAAGUAGUUAUAAUCACAAAUUGUCCAAGGCUGGAAUCUUUUGCAGGGAAGAUAUUUCCUUCUAACUUAAAAGCCCUUGCCAUUCAAGGAUGCAGUGUGGAGUCUUUACCUGAAGCUAUGAUGAACAGUAUCUCAUCUCUCGAGUAUUUCUCCAUCCACGGGUGUUUAAUGCUAGCUUCUUUUCCAAGAGGUAGUGAGUUGCUUCCAACCACAUUUCAGCAGCUGAAAAUCGAGAAAUGCCCGAAUCUGGAGUUUCUGCCUGAAGGGAUGAUGCACAUCAGCAAUACCUCUCUCCAAGUAUUGGAGAUUUUCGAUUGUUCUUCUAUAUCAUCGUUCCCGGUAGGCCAACUGCCAGACACUUUGAAAACACUCACAGUUUGGAACUGCUUCAAUCUCGAGGCAUUACCUGAUAUCAGAACCUCAACAAUGCUUCUUGAAUCUUUACGAGUUGGGAAUUGUACAAGUCUGAAGCACUUACCUCAUGGCUUGAACAAGCUGUUGAAUCUUAGUUAUUUUGAAGUUGAUGGUUGCCAUGGUAUCGAAUGCUUUCCUCUAGAAGGCCUUCCACAAAACCUUACAAAAGUACUAAUCCUCGACUGUGAGAAUCUGACGUUCCUUCCAAAGUGGAUGCAGAAUCUUACAUCUCUUCAAGAACUUCAGCUAUCGAAUUGUCCACUAAUCACAUCUUUCACGGAGGGCGGUUUUCCCACUAGCCUUGUGUCUUUGGAUGUCAAAGAUUGUAAGAAUCUUAUGCCAAUGUCUGAAUGGGGAUUGCACAGGCUUGCCUCUCUUAGAAGGCUGACAAUUCAUGGGAUCAGUUCAAAUCUUUCUUAUUUUCCUCAAUGGUUGCUUCCAUCAACUCUAGAAACACUCAAUAUAGUUCAGUUAUCCAAUCUUGAAUCUCUUUCUCCCUGGCUGCAAAAUCUCACUUCACUCGAAAAUCUCAAGGUCAAAGAUUGUCGAAAGCUUCUUUCGUUACCAAAGGAAGACAUGCCACCAAUGCUUUCCUAUCUUGAGAUAAGUGAAUGUCCCUUGAGUGAACAAAAGUGUGACUUGUCCAAGAUUGAUCAUAUCCCUUGCACUGUGAUGUAG